GUCAAGACGAACCUGUGCCGAAUCUGCGGCAAGACCUACGCCAGACCCAGCACGCUUAAAACCCACCUGAGGACCCACUCGGGUGAGAAACCUUACAAGUGCAGCACGUGCAGUAAAUCCUUCUCACAAGCAGCCAACCUCACGGCGCACCUAAGAACUCACUCCGGGGAAAAGCCGUUCCGUUGUCCGGUCUGUGAACGUCGGUUCUCUCAGAGUUCGUCCGUGACGACACACAUGCGGACACACUCCGGGGAGCGCCCGUACAGGUGCCGGAUGUGCAAGAAGGCGUUCUCCGACAGUUCCACGCUGACCAAGCAUCUACGGAUUCACAGUGGCGAGAAGCCUUACCAAUGCAAACUUUGCCUCCUUCGGUUCUCGCAGUCAGGGAAUCUCAACCGACACAUGAGGGUACACUCCACCAACAGCUAA